CCGGGCAGCAGCAGCAGCCGCCGCGAUGUCGGAGGUGCAGCUGAGUCCCCGCAGGGAGGCGGGCGAGGGGGCGCCGCUGGGCUUCGCCUGCCGCCUGCAGGACACCAGCGGCUUCGGGGCGGGGGGCGCCGGCAAGCGCGCCCCCAAACUGGCCCAGAUCGGACGCAGCAAGUGCGUUGUCAUUGAGGAUGAUCGAAUUGAUGACGUACUGAAAAGCAUUUCAGAAAAGCCCCCUCCGGGUGUCUAAAUAUAUAUAUGUAUAUAUAUAUAUUCAUGUCUCGUCCAGAGACAAUAAGUUAAAAAAAUGAGGGGAACAAAAAUAAUUCACCUUUCAACACGAGAACGGGCAAAAUCAUUCAUUUUUUUAAAAAAAAUGAAGAAAGGAUGAACUUUUUUGGGCGAAAGAGGCAGAAAGCGAUGGUGAUUUUUGGACUUCUUCAGUGCCACAUUGGGAUCCAACUGGAGAUGCCUUUUAAGGAGCUGCGGAAAGGCUGAACUGGAGCCUUUUAUUCCUCCAGGAAGUUCAGUUUUUCAAGUUGGACUUUUAAAAAGUCUUCUGAAAAGAGAAAUAAUUGGGGUGGUGGGCAGAGAGGGUCUCGGAGUUCUGGGUUUACAUGAUGACACCUUGCAAAAAAUAUUCCAU